GUCCGCGUUUCAGGCUCAGCGCAGCGGCAGUGCAGCCCACCAAAGGCAGAGGGACUCCGUUCUGGACCUGCCUCUCACAGAGGAUCAGCACGCGAGGACAAAGUAUAGGACCAAGGUCUCCCACGCUGCAGCCACCUUGCCCAGAUCAGGCCUCUGCUGAUCCUGAUGUGACGCCGCCUCCCUGGUCCUCCUCCUUGGAAACUUGUGCAAAGAGCUCCGGCCAUUCCACGGCCAGAAGAUGGAGACACCAAGAUUUGGACGCACCCAACAGUGGCAGCAGCAUGAGUGCCCCCCAGCCCGCCGUGCCAGAGCUGAGCCCAGCUGAGGAGGCUGGAGGCCUGGCAGGAAAGGCCAUGGUGGGUGCCCGGGCGAAGGGCCCUCGGAUGGGCCAGCGGCUGCCCUCAAUCGUGGUGGAGCCCAGCGAGGCAGGUGCCGUGGAGAGUGGGGAGCUGCGUUGGCCUCCGGAGGGCGCCCAGAGGGGGUCCGCCCAGAGCCAGGCUGCUGCCGCCUCCUCACCGCGUCUGCCGGGAGCACCAGGGAACGUCCCAGACGACACUGGCAACAAGUGGGCCAGCUCUGAGGACCAGUGCCCCUGCACCCAGUGA